UACAGUGAAUAUUAGACAAAUGGAAAUAUAAUUACGAGUUCUCGUUAAAUAUGAAAUCGUUACGUUUGAGUAACGCUGCUAACGAGUAGUAAUAAUUGCUUUUCUUAUUGCGACUAAAUUAAUAUUUUAAAAAUGUCCUUCGUGUUAUACCUUACGAUAAUUCAUUAUGAAUAAUCGUAACUGUAAAGAAUUUCAAUGCCUUAGUUGUAGAUUCAGUCUUGCAAUGAAAUUCAAGUUUGAAUAACAGUUUAAGCGAAUUAAAUAAAACGUAAUUAUUUAAAUCGUGUAAAAAAUUUAAUCAGACAUAAUAAAUUACUUUUAAUGACUUUUAAUUAAUAAAUUUCUUUAAUUAAUAAAGUGAAAAAAAAAAUAAGACACUAAAAAAAUAAUAACAAGCUCGAAAUGAAUUUUUUAACCGAUCACGAUAAUCUAAUUAAAUUUUUACAAUGUUUAAACGUAACCACCGCGACGUGGCCACUGGGAUCUGAUACUAAUAUAUUAAAAAAAAUUGUCUAUACAGUUUUAUGGUGCAGUUAUGCUCUUAAUGGUAUAACAUCGAUAUUAGCAUUAUCGAUGGGUAUUUAUUAUUAUCGCCAAGAUAUCGUAAAUAUGAUGAAAUCAAUAGUAGAAUUCGUAUAUAUAUGUGAAUCACUUUUCAAUUUAUGUUAUUGCACAUUGCAAAACUCAAAUUUAAAGAUACUUAUAGAUGAUAUGAAGCAAUUUUCUUUCAAAGCAACCUCUCAAGAAUUAACUUUAAGACGAAAUAAUCUAAAAAGUAUAAGCACUUCAUUAACAUUUAUGUCGACUCUCUUUAUUAGCGGUGGUUCAAUUUUUGUCUUUGCUCCAUCAAUAUUACAUAACAGAGAUAUACCACUUAAUACAAUAUAUCCAUUUCCAAUGGAAAAAAGUUGGGCAAUGUAUCUUGUAUACAUAUUAAAUAUAUAUACUGUUAUGCAAGCAUUUUGUGCUAUUACCGUUGACGUAAUGGUAAUUGCAAUAAUAAACUAUACAUCUUUUAAAUUUAUUAUACUUGGGAAAAAAUUGCAAAAUAUUAUCAGCAAUGAUGAUCUUAAAAACUUUGUAAUGGAACAUCAAGAUGCCAUAAGAUAUGCCACAAUAAUAGACGAUACUGUUACACCUAUUAUUGUCAAAUCCAUAGUUGCAACAUGCACAUAUUUGGUUACAUGUAGUUUGUUGUUAUUAAAUGAUGUACCCUUCUUGCAUAUAACACAAUUUGCUGCAGUAACGAUACUAUCCUUUACACGACUUCUUGUAUGUAGCUGUGUGGCUCAAGCAGUUACUGAUAUUGCUUCCAAUUUAAUUUCAUUAAUUACAGUAUCCUCAUGGAUAAAAUCUUCAUCAACAAUGCGCAAAAAUAUAUUGUUUAUCAUACAAAGAUGUCAAAAGCCUAUCACAAUCUCAGUAAGUGGUAUUGUACCUGCCUUAUCUCUCAAACUUUGUGCAUUGGUAAAUACAUUUAACUUACUUUUUUUACAAAACAUUAUGUAACAUUAUUAAUCCAUUCUUGAUUAUUAUAUGAUAUAGGUAAUAUAUAAAACAUUUUCUUAUAUUAUGACAUUA